CCUGUCCGCCCAUCUCACCACCCGUCAUCGUAGCCGGACGUUGAACGGCCCAGAUCCCAACAAACAUGGGCUGCCGUCAACUACCGACGCACUUUCGUCUUUCUCAGCAAUCUCUAUGCAGCGUGGCUUAGCUUUUGAAAUCCGUUUCGCUUGUGAGAAAAGAUACAGCCAAACAUCCCACCACCGGCCACAGCAAAAUGGCGGAGAGAGAGAGAGAGAGAGAGAGAGAGAGUGAGAGAGUGUGUGUGUGAGAUAGAGAGAGAAUCUCUAUAAAUAAGCGAAGCCAACCGACGGACGAAUGAAGUCAAACUCAAGAAACUGAAAACCAAAAGCCUCAUAAAAAAAGAGCAAAAAGAAGAAAAGAAAGUUUCUUUCCUGGCGUGUGUGAGAUUCCGUCGAGCCUCUGAUCGGGAUUCGGAUGGUAUUUCCGGCCGCUGGAGUGUGGUCUCUGAGAUGGGUGGUGGUGGUCGAGGAGGAGGAGGAGGAGGAGGAGGAGGAGGAGAUGGAGGGAGGGUAUUUUGGUAAAAGGUGGGGAAGAAAUCAGCAGAAGCCGAAGCCGGAGCUGUUUGUUUCGGAACGGCAGCAUUCGGAGAGCAGGGAUCAUGAGAAAGGGGAAGGGAAGUGGGAAGAGCAGUAAUAUUAGCAAUGGGUUGCUGCCCAAUUCUCUCAAGAUAAUCUCUUCUUGCUUGAAGACUGUUUCGACUGAUGCGAGGUCGGCUGGUGCGACGGUCGCUGCUUCAAUCGCUGCAGCCGGGGACCAUCCAAAAGACCAGGUAAUAUGGGCUGGCUUUGACAAGCUGGAGCUUGGUCCAUCAGCCUUCAGACACGUCCUUUUACUGGGUUACUCCAAUGGAUUUCAAGUCAUUGAUGUUGAGGAUGCCUCCAAUGUCUGCGAACUGGUUUCAAAGCGCGAUGGCCAAGUUACAUUCUUACAGAUGCUGCCAAUUCCGUCGAAAUCAGAGGCUCAUGAGGGAUUUAGAUCGUUGCAUCCCUUACUGCUGGUUGUUGCAGGUGAUGAAGCGAACAGCUCUGGUGGGCUUCAUGGUGGCCAUUUGAGUGGUCAGAUUAGGGAAAAUAUCAGUGAAUCUCACCAGGGAAUUUAUGUUUCUACUCCCUCAACUGUUCGGUUUUACUCACUAAGAUCUGACGGUUAUGUGCAUGUUCUGAGGUUCCGAUCUGCUAUAUACAUGAUCCGAUGCAGUCCUCGGAUAAUCGCUGUGGCUCUUGCGUCACAAAUCUACUGCUUUGAUGCUGCCACUUUCGAGAAUAAAUUCAGUGUGCUGACUUAUCCCAUGCCCCAGGGAGGACAAGGGGUAGUUGGUGUCAACAUUGGGUAUGGCCCGAUGGCUGUGGGUCCAAGGUGGUUAGCUUAUGCGUCAAACAACCCUCUCUUUUCAAACACGGGCCGCCUUAGCCCCCAAAAUCUUACACCCUCUCCAGGUAUGAAUCCGUCUACUUCCCCCAGCAGUGGGAGCUUUGUGGCUCGUUGCGCCAUGGAGUCCAGCAAGCAGUUAGCUGCUGGAAUAAUCAAUCUGGGUGACAUCGGAUACAGAACCUUGUCUAAGUACUGUCAGGAGCUUUUACCUGAUGGAUCUAACUCUCCCUCAUCUUCAAACUCAAGCUGGAAAGUUGGUAAAGUUGAAUCAGCAGUCCAUCCAAAUGAAACAGAUAAUGCAGGAAUGGUUGUUGUAAAGGAUUUUGUUUCAAAGGCCAUUAUUUCACAAUUUAGAGCCCAUACCAGUCCAAUAUCCGCACUAUGUUUUGAUCCGAGUGGGACCCUUUUGGUUACUGCCUCUGUACAUGGACACAAUAUAAAUGUGUUUCGUAUUAUGCCAUCCCGUGUAGAGAACCGUUCAAGCACCAUGCAGGAUAAUUGGAGUUCAUCUCAUGUGCAUCUAUACAGGCUAUAUCGAGGGCUAACAACAGCUGUCAUACAGGACAUCUGUUUUAGUCAUCAUAGUCAGUGGGUCGCUAUUGUUUCAUCGAGGGGAACAUGCCACAUUUUUGUGCUCUCGCAAUUCGGUGGUGACGUCGGGCUCCAGACACAAAGCUUUCAUACUGAUGCUCCAGUCCUACCUAUUCUAUCAAAGUCAUGGUGGUCAACUCCAUCUUACAUGAUAAACCAGCUACCUCAUCCGCCUCCACCGCCUAUAACACUUUCCGUAGUGAGCAGAAUAAAAUAUGGUAGUUCCGCAUGGCUAAAUACAGUUACCAAUGUUGUUGCUUCUGCGACUGGAAAGAUAUUUGUGCCAUCCUGUGCUGUUGCUGCUGCUUUCCAUGAUUCCAUUCAUCACAAUCUCCAGCCAGUUCGAUCAAAGGCCAACUCGUUGGAGCAAUUGCUGGUUUACUCGUCAUCUGGUCAUGUAAUUCAGCAUGAACUUGUACCAUCAUUGGAGGUUGAGUCAUGGGACAGCACUGCAAGAAGUGGCCCAGGUUCCUCCAUGCCAGCUCAAUAUGAAGAGUUGCGGGUGAAUGCUGAACCUGUUCAAUGGUGGGAUGUUUGCCGAAGAUCAAACUGGCCAGAAAGAGAGGAAAGUCUUUCAAGCAUUACCUUUGAUAGACAAGAAACUGGAGAGAUAGUCAUGGAAACUUCUGAUUAUGAAGAUAAUGAUACAAAAUACUCGAAAUCAUUUAACAAUAGUGUUGUGGGAAAAAAUAUGAUGAAAACCAGUGAUAGAUCCCAUUGGUACCUUUCCAAUGCUGAGGUGCGGAUAAGCUCGGGGAGGAUACCAAUAUGGCAGAACACCAAGGUUUGCUUCUAUAUGAUGAUUUCUUCAAAGGCUAAUGAGAGGAAGCCUGGGAAUGAUUAUUCUGGUGGAGAGAUCAAAAUUGAAAAGGUCCCAGUUCAUGAGGUUGAAAUAAGGCAGAAGGAUCUAUUGCCUGUUUUUGAGCAUCAUCAAAGCAUUCAACCAGAUUGGAACGGCAGGGGCCUUAUUAGAGGAAGAUAUAUGAUUGCUUCAACUUCAGAUACUCACCAAACUAAAGACAAAUUCAUGAAGGGGACGGUUGUUGGUCAUUCUAAAUCUGCAUCAGUGGAAGUGGUGGAAAGCUUAGAUAUUGGGUCAACAAAGACAACUGAGAAGGUGCUUCGGUUGGAUCAAACAAGUUUGGUGGGCCCUUAUGUACCUAAUGGGUUUCAGCCAAUGGAGAGGCCGAUUCUGCACGGAUCUGUACAGACCUCGUCUGUACUGGGCCAUCUUGCGAACAAGAUAGAUGGUGAAAGAACAGGACGUUCAAUGUCUGCAUCACACCAAUUGAAUACAUCCACUAGGACACCGAGCAUAAACUCCUCUGACCAAGAUUGCACAACUUUUCUUUUUGAACAAUCUAACAAGGGUGAUGGUAGUGUUGAAAAUGAGCCAACCUCUCCUGGGAAUAGCUCACUCUCUGUUGGAAGACCCCUCUCUUUGAAGAAAGUCGUUGCUAAUGAAGCCUUGAAGGCAUCUAGUUCUAACCACUCUGCCUCAAGUUCAAACAAUUAUACAGUGGUGAUGGGGCGAGUGGGUUCGCAUAAUUCACCAGAUUUUGCAAAAUAUUUCCACGAAGGCUAUUGUAAAGUAACAGAGCUCGAUGAUUGCUGUGAGUUAAAUGAUGUCGUCACUGAUGUGGACAGCAGCAUCAGCCACUGCAAGAGAGAGAAACCCAAGGAAGAUAGGGACCAUGAUGACGUGUUUGGAGGCCUAUUUGUUGUCUGCGGAGAAGCAGAUUGAUUGGUCCCUGGCAAUCCCAACCAUGUACAGAAAAGUGGAACCCACGCCAUGCUUUUGUAUUCACAUCUCAAAAUCUUAUAUCAAGGUCAGUUUCAUAUAUAUAAACAUGUAUCCUUUAGAAUAAAGGUCCAAGGAGAGGGUUUCCUAAAGCCCCCUUUGAAUGGACAGUUUUAAGUCCUAGGACUCCACUUCUGCUUCUCAUUCUUCUACAAUCCGAACACUACUACCAAGAUCAAAGAGAGACUGAUUCUAGUAAGACAAAUAAAUUCGAUGUACAAAAAAAUAAAAAUAAAGGAAAAGAGACUGACACUUAAACACAGUCACCUGGGUCGAAGUCACUGCCUCUCUUUCUCGUGUACAUGUUGUUGAUGGAGAUUUCCAGAAGUCACGGUCUUUAGCUUUUGGACUUGCGGAAAGUUUGGGUUCUUUGGUUGAUUUACGUACAAAGGAGUUGGGGGGUCUACAUCCUCUACCAGGAGACACUUUCUAUCAUGUCUGAUGGUUGUACCGAUGAACUCCAAAUUUCACAGGUUCUUUGCUAAGCUGAUGGGUGCGUUCAACAUUCCUUCACAUUGAUUGUAUAUGUUUUUAUUUGUUGUUUGAUUUGUGAAGGAUUUGGCAUGUUGCUAUGGCUAGGCCUGUAUCAGGAUAUAUUUCUUUAGUACCCAGAAAGUAAAAAACAAAUAAAAAUACUGAUUAUGCUGCUACUUUGGGAGAGUCUUAUAUAUGUAUGGAUGCUUGUACAGGAUGUCUUCAGUAUUAUGAGGAGAAUAUAUGGCCGGUUAGUGUA